GAACCACGGCCGAUGUUAUAGGCGGCUGAUUCGAUCCCAUUAGUUACGUCUACGUUACUGGGAUUUUCCCAACUAGUUGAAAAUUCCCAGAAUGGGGACAGUAUUUCCUGAUGUGCUUCCAUUUCGUCUCUGGUCGUUCAAGGGUUUACUUCUUGUUUCUGCCAAGAUGAAGCGAUCACGGAGGAGCGAAUUGUGGAAUCAUUUCACUGUUCUGGAUGAAGAGUUUGCGAAAUGUGGUUUAUGCGGCAAAAAGUUGUCGUACAAAACCAGCACGACGAACUUGAAGAAACAUAUCGAAAGGUCGCAUGUAAUGGUGAACUUUGCGACAAAUUCUUCAAGAUCCGUCGACCCUGUGUUGCCAGAGCCAGGUGAAGCCUCUCUUCCAGUGGAGUUGCCAGAAGAAGGCACCACAGCCAGCAGCACACAGGGGGAAGCAGUUCCCUCCACAUCACAGCAUCAGACAGCCAUCACAGAAUACGUUCCCAAAAAGAUGGGACUGAUUCAAAAGAAGAAGGUGGAUAGCAAAUUAAUGGGUCUGUUCACAAAAGACUAUCAACCUUUCUCUAUUGUAAAUGACUCAGGAUUUCGUAGUUUUGUACAUGCACUGAAUCCUGCUUAUGAAAUACCGAGUAGAAGGACUGUAACAAAUGUAAUGUUGCCAGCAGCAUAUGCAGAAGCAAAUGAGAAAGUACAACAAAAGCUGCAAGGCAUAAAGACAAUCUGUCUAACAACAGAUUGCUGGACAUCAGCUUCUAAUGAAAGUUACAUGGCUGUAACUGGACAUUUCAUAAAUGAACAAUUCAGAUUACAGUCUGUACUGCUGGAAUGCAGUCAUUUCAGUGGUGCCCAUACCAGCUCAAAUUUGUCCACAGCUUUGAUUAAAAUUACGGACAAAUUUAGUCUUGGUGGCAAAAUUUUAAUGGUAGUCACGGACAAUGCACCAAAUAUAAAAAAUGCUAUUUCCACCAUUCUCAAGUGGAAACAUUUUGGUUGUUAUGCUCACACUCUUAAUUUAGUUGUGCAGGAUGCACUUAAAAAUGUUCAGGAAGUUCACCAGAAAGUCAAGACAAUUGUAGGUUUUUUUAAAAGGAGCAGCAGUGCAACAGAGCGGCUCUUAACAUGCCAACAGAACAGUGGCAAAGUAAACAUCAAGAAAUUGAUCCAGGACUUGCCCACAAGGUGGAAUUCAACCCUGUUCAUGUUGGAACGUAUUGUCGAAUUGUCAGAGGCAGUGAAAAUUACAGUUGCCCUUUGUAACAGGCCCACAGAUCUUCCGUCACUGUCAAAUGAUGAGUGGGAAAUCUGCUCCGAACUCUGUUCAAUUUUGAAACCGUUUGAGCAGGUUUCGAGGCAGCUCAGUGCAGAGGAUUACCCAACUGGCAGCUUGGUUAUAGUCCUGACACGUGGACUUCUGGCAGUAUGUGAUGAAAUAGCCAAAAUGCAGUUACAUGAAGUUUCAAGGAAAGUUGUUUUGGUACUAAAAGAAGGGCUUACAAACCGGUUUUCGAAUCUUGAGCAGAGCAAGUCCAUUGCCCUUGCUACUCUGCUGGAUCCACGUUUCAAAUUGCUGGCAUUUAACACGAAGAAACAAUUAAUUAAUAUUGUUGCCCAGAAACUGGAAAAAUGUAGGCCAGUAGGUAUUCAGCCUUCACAAUCUGUUGAGCCAAACAAUUUGGCAACUGAAUCCUUCUCUGUGUGGGGCAUAUUCGAUAAGUUAGUGAAACAUGCACAGCCACAGGGCACAGUACAGUCAUGUGCUAUUGUAGAGGUUCAAAGGUACAUUGACAGCUCAGUCAUCAGUAGAAAUGAGGAUCCUCUGGCAUGGUGGAGACAAAAUCAAUACAUAUACCCAACCAUUGCAAAAGUAGUGAAAGAGAGGUUUAAUGUUGUAGCAACUUCUGUGCCUUGUGAGAGGGUCUUCUCAAAAACUGGACAUUUAAUAAAUGACAGAAGAACCCGCCUCAAGCCAUCGAAUAUAGAAAAACUAAUAUUUCUGAAUGCCAAUGGUACCUGUGAUUAGUGCUGAAAAUUCUGGACCCGUGUGAGGUUUGCUUCCAUGGAGGUAACUAGGCACUUUCAACACAAGCGAACAAGACCACACAACUGUAUGAUGCCUAUCAAUAUUACAACAUGUAACUGGGCACUUUCAACACAAGUGAACAAGACCACACAACUGUAUGAUGCCUAGCAAAAUGUAAAAUGUAACUGGGCACUUUCAACACAAGCAAACAAGACCACACAACUGUAUGAUGAUUAGCAAAAUGUAAAAUAUACACCUUUCACUUACUGCAAGUAUUUCACUUUGGCAUAAAUGUGAGUUACAUCUCUAGCAUCAAAAGAUUGGUAACACAGACCACUGAUAUCACUUCCAAGACUGUGUUUUCUUUGUCAUAUUAGUUUCUGUUUGUUGAAAAACACAGAUUUAGUUUUGUUGAUAUAUGCACGAAAGGUGACAGAGGAACAGGUCGUACUGGGAGCAGUAGGUCUGUGACUUGGAUGCAGCACAGUUACUGAUUUGAUGCCAUUAAGGCACAAAGCUUUGUAAUGAUUAAAAUGGUGAGUGAAUGUAAAUCCUGGAAGUGUUAUUUCUUUAUACUAAAACCUGCUACUUUAAGUUAUGUUUCAGAAAUUUCUUGAGCACCUCGACUUGAAAAAUAACAGGAAUACCAUCUAGAAUAUUACAAGUGAGGACAGUCAGUCAAUGAUAAUCCAUGAGCUUAGGCUGAAGGAAAAAAAUUCUAUAUAUGUAAUAAAAGUUGAUUGUAAUGUGUGAUGUUGUAGACAUACAAUAAUCUGUUUUGUGCUAUCUUUUCCAUAAUGAAUUUGGUGACAACAUGUGGAUCAAAACUGGAAUGAGCAAAGAAUACCAACCAAAUUUAAGACCCAAAAACCAGAAAGAGCCACGACCAGCGGUGGAACACACGCAAGUUUGAAAAAUUUGUUCCAAAUGCACACUAAUAGUGAUUUUUUUCUUUUUGUUGUUGUUGAUUGUAGAUGUACAUAUAUGUUCCUGUCUCCUGCUAAAAAUGAACCAUCCCAACUAGCAAAUUUUACUUUGUUAUUGAGAACUUUUUUAAUUGCAUUAAUUAAGAGCCACCUGCACUUUGAGAGGACUAAAACUGUUGAGAUUUUAUUAUUCAUUCAAUAACAAGAUUAAUAUGUGGGGUAUGUGAAAUGUGUGUACAUGUUUGUUUUGCUCAUACUUGUACAAAUGUUUCAUGUAACCUGACGAGGCGAACCCAAGAUUCAAGAAGAGGAAGAGGAGGAGGAGGAGGAGGAGGAAGAAGAGGAGGAGGAGGAGGAAGAAGAAGAGGAUCCUUCAAGACUGCAACAUAAAAUAUUUAAUAUGUAGCACAACUACUGUACACAGUUGAUAACGUCCUUCUGGGGUUUUGAGGAGCUGGUUUUCCUUCAGACCGUGGGCAAAUGCCAGGACGUACAAGUUUCCAGCUCAGAAAAUGCUCAUUUUCAUGAAUUUGUCAGUAAAAUGCUGUAGAUAAAUACCAACAGAAAAAUGCUUCCUGUAACACAGAUCUUUUAGUAAAAAAUGUGUCCUAAUAAGACAAGUUGUAACUUUUUUAAAUAUUUGUAGUCUGUGUAACUUGAAAAACUGAAUUAUGUAGAAGAAACAGCUUGUCUACAUAACAAUGUAACUGUA